UGUUGUGUACGCUAUUAUGCAGAAUGAAGAAGCGGGAAAUGCGAAUAAGGAACAUCCAUGAUGUUGGGUUCAUUGACCCACAAAUCGUUAAUUCAUAUGUGUUAGAACACCACCCCGCCGACGUGGAGGAUGACCUGUGGCGGUUUAUUAGAAAACAGAAACUCAAAAGUGAUAUUCUAUUUCCUUACCAUUUUGGGUUCCACUGGAUUCUUAUGGUAAUUCAAGUUCAGACCUCCUCAGUUCUCGUCCACGACUCUCUGAAUAUGGAUCCGGCGCUUUGGGCCGACAUGAGAAAAAUGAUGCAAAAGGUUUGGAGACGGUUCGUAGAUACCAAGGUCGGUGAAUUCAAAAAAGAGCUACAUUUUAAAAUGAUUAUUCACUGCAACAGCCAACAGAACAGAACAGGUACUAGUUUCGGCAUGGUCUGCAACUCUUGCUCUUCUUGGUACACUCAGCCUUGA